AUGUCUGUUAAUUCACCACCUCCAUACUUAGAUGAUACUAGUAACACCAAAAAGGCUCAGCCACAAAAAAAUCAACAGGGCCCUGAUUACCGUCCAACUGAACAACACGUUAAUAAUAAUAACAACACGUUAACAGGAGAAGAUGAACAGGAUCUAUUAUUUGUACCAGAUGAUUUUAAGUACGAUACUGUGGUAAUCUCUUGUGAUCCCUCUGUCCGUUCCUUGUUUAUCAGAAAGGUUUACAGCUUAUUAGGUUUGCAAAUAUUGGGUACUAUUAUAUUCAACAUUUUGGUGUACAAAAAUGUAAAGGGGUUGGGUGAUUUCAUAAUUACACAUCAAGGCUAUUUCAUUUUAACCAGUAUUUUAUCUUUAUUUUUUUGUGUUGCAUUAUGUUUUACCAAUACCAACCGUGAUGAAGGUUUAGGAGAUGGAGAGGAGACACAAUCGAGUUCGUGGUUGAAUGUUUCUUAUAGAACACAAUUAUUGUUGUUGGGACUAUUCACUCUAUGUGAAAGUUAUACAUUGAGUAUAGUUAGUGUUGUUUAUCCAGCCAGUAUUUUAUUAACAGCAGCCAUAACCACUUUUACUAUCUUGCUCGGUGGUACUUUUUUGGCAUGGAGAACAAAUAGCGAUUUUGCCCAAAUUGGUAAAUGGUAUACUUUUUUAAAUUUUGUUUUGUGGGGAAUGAUAGCUAUGGGAUUUGUGAUGUGGUUUGUGCCUUACAGCAGCACUAUGGAUUUGAUUUAUGGUUGGGUAGGUGCUAUAUUGUUUAGCGGAUAUAUCUAUAUCGACACAUAUUUGGUAUUAAGAAAAGUUAAGCCUGAUGAAGAAAUCAAGUGCUGUAUGAUGUUGUAUUUGGAUAUUAUUAAUUUAUUCCUAAGUAUUUUGAGGAUAUUAGCUAGAAAUGAUGAUAAUUGA